UACUUUGCAUCAACGAGGAAAGAGGUAGAGAAGUGCUGAGAGGAAGAGUCGGCUUAGAGCGGAGUCAUACAGCUGAGAUCACUGGAGAGAAGAAAGCAGAAGAAGAAGAGAAACAGGAAAGACUUUGUCUAGCGGAGGGAGAGACUGAGGGUCUCAAUCAUCGAAUCAAGAUGCUUGUUCUCCUCUGGGCGACUCUGCUCUUUGCUGGGAGAAGCAACAAUGUCAACGCAAAUGUAAUACUCCACUGGAACAACACCAACCCAAAUGCUCAGUCUGGGUCUAGAGAACGGCUGUCAAUGUUGGAUCUGAGUCAGCAGAACUGCAGCAUCAUCAUCAAUGACCUCUCCAAGUCAGACAAUGGAUCAUAUCAAGUCCGACUUAAUGGCAUCGUGAAUGGAUCAAGAGAAGGAUUCACAUUUCCUACAACAACUAUCACUGUAGAAGAUCUGAUCCAGAAGCCCACAGUGAUGAUUCCUCCUCUGACAGAGGGACAGCAGACCACACUGACCUGCACUGCUCCUGGUCUCUGCUCUGGAUCUGAACCUAACAUCACCUGGACGUGGAGAGGAGCAGGAGAGAAGGCCUCUCACAUCACAGGAAACAUCACAGCUUUCAAGACCGAGAACCUGACUGCUGUCACACAGAGACACAGCUCAACUUUGAUGUUUAACCCUUCAUUCACCCAACACCACGGCAGUGAGGUCACCUGUAAGGUCACCUUCACCAAUAACAUCACUACAGAGGAGACAGUGACUCUGAAUGUGACCUAUUUGAAGCAUGUUCAAAUUAGUGUGAAAACAGAUGUGGAGGAGGAUGAGGCUCUGAAUCUGACCUGCAGCAUUGAAAGUUUCCCUCCAUCACUCAUCACAUGGAAUAAAAACCUGAACAGUGACACUGUACCGGCCACACUUAUCAUCCCUAACGCAGCAGUAGGAUAUUCUGGACAAUACAUCUGCACAGCAAUAUAUCUGGACAAAACCCUGACAGCGAUGAAUGUGAUGAAACAUAGAAUAGUUCAUCCAAAGAUCCUAAACAGCUCUGGAUGCAUAAAACAGUCGGAGGUCCUGACCUGUGUGUGCAUCAGCGAGGGGUAUCCUUUACCCACCAUCAAAUGGCCACUGUUGAAGAACCACGCUGAGUACUCUGUCAUCACCACUACUGUGUCCCACCACAUAGUCAACAGCACCGCCACCCUAACUGUAACGAACAGCAACACUUCUGUCGAGUGUGUCAGCAGCAAUGGAAAUGGGAAAGCAAAAAGAAACCUCACCGUAAACAAAGUAGAACCAGAAGAAGAAGACGGUCUACACAUGAAAUUGUUAGGAAUUGUUACACGGCUGGAAAUUAUCAUAACGUUUUGCAUUGGCGUUCUUCUUUCUGCAAUCAUUUGCUGUUUGGUGAGAAAAUGCCACAGAAAAAAAGAGAGGAUCUAUGGAAAUCUGGCUGAGACUCUGGAGAUGGUGACAAGUCACGAGGAUGCACUGAGAGAUGCUGACCAAGCAGUGGAAGAUUAUCAGUCCAUCGACCAAGUCGUAGCUGAAGCGGGUGGAGCUGUGGCGGCGGGGAAAUCAGACAUGCCAGAGUACUCCAAGAUUAAUUUCUCCCUGAUUAAGAGAAGGAGUCCAGCAGAGGCAGGGAUGACACCAGAGUCCACAGAAACAGAGUACGCUGAAAUUAAAGAAUUAAAGAAAAUUGAAGAAGAAGCAGACGAGAGACAGGACGGAGAGGACGAAGAGGAAAUGAUUGAGGAAGACGAGGAGAAAAAAAUAGAAGAGAAGGAAGGUGAGGAUGUGGCGCUGUAUUCCACUGUGAAGGAUAUAAUGAGUUAGAUUUGAUAGUGUAGGAGUAUUCCCCCGGACCACUCUAGAGGGUCCAAGGUCCACCAACCACGGUCUCACAAAAUCCUGUGGAAACCACUCAAUACAGUGUGUGUCUGGCCCUGUUCAGACCUGGUAUUAACAUGCACCCUCAGUGGUCCGGACACAAGUAGACAGCUUUAAGUAUACGUCUGUUCACACUCGGCAUUAGAACGCAUCUCUGCAUGCAUAUUGAGUGGCCACUUGUGAUCCGAUCUCACUUCCCCGCUCUAUAUGCAAAUAAACACGUAGUAAACACGGCUCAUACAUCAGACGUUGUGAUGUAAUAUUACAGGGAUGUCAUUAGUAAUAUCCUACUUGUU